AUGCAUAGUCUUAAUAGCGUGCAUCUAGACAAUCUUAAUACAGUUGGCUAAUAAGAUACAUCCAUGUGCAAGAACAUUCCUGUAAAUAAUGAAUGUGACUCAUCAUCAAUUGUAUUACUCAAGAAAAUAGAAGCCCCCAGUCCUGAUAUCCCUGGCUUCAAUUAACCUGUUUUCAAACCCUUUCAAAAAUUAAUCAUCUAUUAUCAUAUCGGGUUCUUUGUUCGAAAACUAUUGAAGUACAUUAAACCAGAUCAAUCAUUUAAACCCAAACAUUACUAUCUCAUCAAUGAUAAAAGCUCUGGCAACAUCAAAGAUUUUAUCAGUUAUGCUGGCAAAUCCAAAUCAACAGUUAUGCAAUAUCCAAGUCUAGAUGAAGUUGACUUCUUCGUAAGGUUACGAUAUCGAUACAGAUAAGGUCUGGAAAAUUUUUAAUAAAAAAUGUUGUACUUAUUUGAAUAGAUCCCCUUGAUAGAUCCAUCAAAUAAAAUCAAAAUCAUUUGGGAUCUACUCCUUAAUGUAUUCAGAAUUUACCUUAUGUAUAUUAUACCCAUCAUCAUUACAUUCGAAUAGCUGAUUGAAGACUACGAUUACAUCAUUAUCGUGUCAUAGAUAGUGUUUGCAAUUGAUUUACUAUUACGAAAUAUCACUAUUUAUUAUGAUUAGGGCCUGCCUGUUGUGGAUCGUUAUUAGAUAGUAAAGAAUUAAUACCAUAUUACUAACUUAAUCGAAUUGAUGGAAAUUUGUUUGCUCUUUACAAUGGCCUAUUUCAAAUUCCAUUUUAACAACCAAUUCAUAUUAUUUGGAGGUUGGCCUAAAUUAUGGAUGCUCUUAUAUUUUAUUUAGUUAAAAAAUCUAUUAAAUUUUAUAGGCUCAUGGCAGCAAUCCUUCUUAAUGGGCCAAUUGGUGUCAUCAUUAAUAGAGUUAUUUAAAUUAAUAGGCUUAUUACUUAUCAUAUAACAUUUUUUUAGUUGUAUAUGGUUGAUAAUUGGAAAAUAUCAUCUUAUUUUGGGAAAUUCUAAUUGGAUUACCUUUUUCAACUUGGAACAUGUUUCGUGGACAGAUUUAUAUAUAGAAUCUAUGUAUUACACUAGUGUAACUAUGUAUACGGUGGGAUAUGGUGAUAUACAUCCAAUAAAUAUCUCUGAAAAGAUGUUUGCCUUUUUAUUUGUCUUCGUGUGUACAUUCCAACUGUCCUUUAGUUUGAAUACUAUUGGUGAAAUUUUAACUAGGAUGAAAAACAAUAAUGAUAUCAUUAAUAAAAAACUGAUCUUCAUCAAUCAGUACAUGCAUAACAAAAAAAUAAGUCAUCAAUUGUAGUUUUAAGUGAGGGAGUAUCUAAACUAUUAUUGGUAUCAAGAAUAAACAUAAUAAACGAAGGAACAGACAGAAAUUCUAAGUUAGUUAUCUGAUGAUCUGAGAAAAUAAAUAGCAGUUGAAUCAAAUAGUAUAGUACUUAAGAAUUGUGAUUUUUUUUACAAGAAUUUUUCAACUGAUUUCUUGAAUGAACUACUGAAACAUCUUCAGUUUCAAGCUUUUUAACCCUCAUCGACAAUUAAUAUCUUUAAUGAUGACGAUCAUUUCAUACAUAUCAUUGAAUCUGGAUAGGUCGAUAUUUAUGAUAAAGCUUAUGAUAAAAAGGUAUUAAUCGGUUGUUUUAAAUCAAAUGAGCAUUUUGGAUUGAAUGAAUUCUUGAAUAAUUAAAAAAACAGCAAAUACGAAUACAAGAGUUCUGGAUUUGUCAGCACUUUAGUAAUACCUAGGUCUAAGUUCCACUCAAUAUUAUUAAAAUACCAAGCUGAUUUUGAAGUGUUUUGGAAUCUUAAAAUCAAUAAUUAUACAGAAUUGAAAUGUGCUGUUUGCGAAUCAAAGAGACAUCCUCCUGAUCUAUGUAAACAAGUGCAUUAUAUUACCGAUAGAGAGAAGGUCAUUAAAUAAUUCAAUUUCUAUUAGAAUUAGGAGAGAUCUAAAUUUAGAAGAAACUCAAUCAGGAUUAAGCAAUUGUAUCAUGCUUAGACUGAUUAAGAGAUUAUCAAGGAAGCUGCUUAAAUGGUCAAAGUGAAAAAUGACAGUAUGUUUUUCUAGAAAUAUCAUAUUAAUGAGGAGGAAACAACCCAAUAUGAAAGUUAAGAAAAUAUAAACAAAAAAUAUAUGGAUUCGGUGGGAAUAUUAAUUAAGGAUCUUGAAAGCCGAUCUUAUCUCGAUUUCUGUCAAAAGUCUCAUAAGUCUAAGUCUGAGAAAGAAAUUUUGGAGUUAAAAAUACACUUUUCAUUGGAACUGCAAACUUUAAAGUCUUUGAAGGAUAAACUGCAUCAUAAGGAUUUAUAUACAGAGAAGGACAUUUAAUAGAUAGAGUAUUUGAUUAAGAUUUUAGAACUUAAGCUAAAUUUGGAAGACAAAAUUGAACUUGAUUAAUAAUAGGAAUAUCAGACUUUUAAUUAAAAAGCAAAUAUAAACAUAGUCUUAAAGAAAUUAAUUCAUCCUGUGAAAUACAUAGUAACCUAGACCUCGAAGAGCUUGGAUUAGUUCUAAUUAAUUAGUGGGAAUGGUUGGAUGAAAUACAUGUUGUAUCCUUUUGAUUUCAUAAAUCAAUACAGAUUGAAUAUUAAUAGGUUAGGCUUACCCAGAAAAUCGAUGGUGGUACGAUAACAAGAACGUCGACUAACUUCAGUCUUAUUAAUGAGAAAAAAACAAUAGACUAUAAGAUCAAUGAAAAGAUCAAUUUAGGUAUAUCCAAUAAAAUGA